AAGGGCACACAGAGGCUACCAGAGGAAUGCAUGGGAGGAUGUACAUGCAUAUCUGCCUUAUAAUGAGUGUGGGAGGCCCAGCAGUAAUGGCAAUCCCACAUACUGAAUACAGAGGUAACUUAAGGUCAUCAAAAUUCCAAAGGUGUUAUGUCAGCAAGUUACCUGAUGUUACAACAAAAGCAUAUGCUGGUAUUGUAGUUUCUAUUAUAUUCCACAGGCCAUCCUUCUAAUUCACAUUGUACUUUAAAUCUUUUCUUUUUGAAGACACGGAAGAUCAAGAACUGGACAUACUACAAAUCAAUAAAGAUUUAAAUCUACUUGAAGGUGACAUCAUGGAGUUUAAACAGAGGAGCUCUAUUUUGGGAAAGGAACAUCUUUGGGAGUUGCCAGUGCCCUAUGUGUUACACCCCUCUCUUGAUAUGAAUGCCAAAGGAAUCAUUUUGCGGGCUUUUGAACAAUUCAGACUUAAAACUUGCAUCGAAUUCAAACCCAGGCAAAACGAAUCAUUCCACAUCUCAAUUGAAAAGCAAUCAGGUUGUUGGUCAUAUGUUGGGAGACAUUUUGAAGAACAACCACUUUCCAUCGGCCCUUCCUGUGAUGACAUCAGUAUAGUUGAGCAUGAGCUUCUCCAUGCUCUGGGAUUCCAGCAUGAGCAGUCCAGAUAUGAUAGAGAUGAUCAUGUCACAAUCAAGUGGGAGAACAUUCAAGAAGACAAAAGGUAUAAUUUUAGAAAAGAGCUCAGCAACACCACCAGCACCCAAGGCACUCCAUACGACUACUGGUCUGUGAUGCACUAUGGACAAUAUGCCUUCAGUAAUGGACGAGAACCAACUAUCAUCACAAAGGACGCAGAGUUUCAAGAUGUGAUUGGUCAGCGACAGGACAUGAGCUCCCUUGAUGUUCUGGAGCUCAACAGACUCUAUGGAUGUAAUGACUCAAUCUCCUUCCUGGACCACUGCAGCUUUGAUGAGGACAUGUGUGAGAUGACUUCAACUGGAUGGGAGAGAGUGAGCCAAGCUGAUGGAGGUCCCCAAUCUGACCACACCUACCUGGGCACAACAUCAAAAAAUUCAAGCUUUUUCAUGCAUGUCAGCACAGCAGUAAGAACAGGGACCUUUCCCACACUACAGACUAGGAGGUUGAUUCCUAAGAGAACCUGCAAGGUCCAGUGCCUUGAGUUUGUGUAUUACAAUAGUGGGAAUGAAACUGAUCAGCUCAACAUCUGGAUUACUGAGUAUGACAGCGAAAAUGACACCACUGGAACUCGCAGACUCAUGAGCCAGAUUACAGGUUCUCCAGCUGAUAACUGGCAACUCCACUAUGUUCCUCUGAAUGCCACUAAGAUGUUUCAGGUGGAGUUUGAGGCCCGCAAAGGAACAGGAGAGUCCAGUGGUGGCUUCUCUGUGGACGACAUCAACCUGUCAGAGACCGAAUGCCCUCAUCAGACAUGGCAGAUCAGGAACUUAGAACAACUUAUGAUUACCAGUGCACCUAAGACAUUAUACAGUCCAUCAUACUAUACCAGUGAUGGCUAUAGAUAUCAGAUAAUACUAGUUCUGAAUAGCAGAAGUAUCUCAGUACAAAUUCGUCUGGUGUCUGGGGAUUUUGAUGACCAGCUUCAGUGGCCUCUGGAGUGGAGGCAGAUGACUUUCCUUGCCCUGGACCAGACCCCUGACGUUAGGCAACGCAUGUCCAAACAGCGCAGCUUUACCACACAGAAUUUAACAGGUGUCUGGACUAAUCCCAGUGUUACUGGAUUGAACGAGACCAAUGAAAAUGGUGAAACUGAGUAUUAUAACCAACCCUUCGGCUGGACCACUUUCAUGACCCUGGACAGACUUAGAGGCAGAUCUAUCCUGAAGGGCGGGGACUUUUAUCUUUUGUUUGACGUGAAAGAUAUAUCAGAUCUUCUUCAAAAUGAUUCACUUUCAUGCGCAUUUGAUGCAACUUCAAGAGGUUCCACCACAGAGGAUGGCAGCACUGUCAGCACAACAACAACAACAACAACUACUACUGAACUACCGGUACUACUGGAAGUUUUGACUUCGGAGGAUGGCAGCACAACAACAACAACAACAACAACAACAACAACUACUACUACUUCUACAGAGGCGGACAUUUCAACCACAGAGGAUGGCAGUGCCAGUUCCAAGAUGUCCUUCUCUCCAGUAAUCCUGGUGGUGUCCUUGAUUUUGUUUUCAACUCUUUUUUGAACUCAAAAUGAAGUGAUGUAUACGUUUACUGCCAUGUAAGACUUUGGGUGUAGUGUCUAUUCUACUUCUGUUACUCACCAGUUAACAACUGAAAGCCAUUAUGCUUACUAGUUAACUAGUAAGAAUGUGUUUCACCUCACGUGAGGCCACAUAAUGUUUACUACCUAGUACAGUAAAUGCUGAAUUGUGCACUAUUUAACUAGUUACAAUGUGUUUGCACUGUACUUGUGAACUAAUAAGGUGCAAAAUGACCCAAAGUGUCUCAUGUGCACUAGCUAACUAGUGAAAUGUUUAGCUUGAAUGUUUAAUAGAAAUGUUAUCGCCAUACUAGUUAACUAUGCCCAGGUCGUCAACUAGUGUAUGAUUUUACUGUAGGUGUUUUACUAGCUUGUUCAAUAUGCACUUACACUGUAGUUCAUUAAGCGCUUCUUAUGCUUAUGAUUUGUAUAUUACAGUGUUAUUUUGUUUUCAUUAGGCUGUUAAUUAAAUUGACGUUGUUUUAUAUUGCUUAACAUGCCAUAGUUAUUGUUAUUAUAUGAUUGAUUGAAUGACUUUAUUGUUUAUUUACUAUUCUCCCAUAUUCAUUGUUUAUUUUAAUUUGGUUUGCUAGGAAUUCAUAUUGUUUAUUGUUUUAUUGCUAUUCUCCCUAGUUAGUCUGACCAGUUUUUGCAUUUGUUCACAGUUAGAUUUAUUAUAGUAUUGUUUUUUUAUUUGUAUGUCACUUUGGACAAAGGCGUCUGCCAAAUAGCAUAAGCGUAACCGUAGAACCGUAACUACUAGUUAGAUGUUACUGUUUAAAACAUCCUCUCUAGAGAUUUGGGCUGGGUUUCCCAGAUUCG